CUGUCGCUUUAACUUUGAUAAAUAAUAUCUGAAGGAAUGGGAGGAGUGUGUUGGUGUUAAAAUUCACCUGACCAGCAGUUUGUGGAAAUACCUUAACCCGGGGGUGUCCAAAGUGUGGCUCGCAUUCGUUUUUUCAUCGGUCCAUGUCACUCUAUAAAAAUAUAAUUUAACAAAACAUUGUAAAAUUAUUUUAUAAGAGUAAAGUCUAAAUAUUACAAGGAAAGCAGCAGUGUAAUGAGGAAAAAUGUUUGAUUUUACAAUAAUUAUUUAAUGUGAGGAAAAUAUGUAUAUUUUUGAGUCAUAAUAUGAAAAACCCACCCUCGGCCAUCUCUGUGUGGAGUUUGCAUGUUCUCCCCGUGCAUGCGUGGGUUUUCUCCGGGUACUCCGGUUUCCUCCCACAUUCCAAAAACAUGCUAGGUUAAUUAGCCACUCCAAAUUGUCCAUAGGUAUGAAUGUGAGUGUGAAUGGUUGUUUGUCUAUAUGUGCCCUGGGAUUGGCUGGCCACCAGUCCAGGGUGUACCCCGCCUCGCGUCCGAAGACAGCUGGGAUAGGCUCCAGCACCCCCGCGACCCUCGUGAGGAAAAAGCGGUAGAAAAUGAAUGAAUGAAUGAAUAUGAAAAACAAUACAGUUGUGGAAAAUUAAAAGUUGGGGAAAAAAGUUACCAACAAAUCAUAUUAGGAGAAGAAAAUGUACAAAGGUUAUUGAAGGAAAAUUUAGUUCAUACUUGUAAUAGCGGUUUUUCAACAAUAUCUCAAAGCUGAAAUGCAUUUUUUGUCUUGAAUCAUAUUGUAUAUAACUUCUUCACAUAAUAUCCAAGUGACCCUUGCAUCCUUCAUUUUAUGUUUCCACUGGAAAAAGUUUGGACACCGCUACAUUACAAUCCCAUGGACACGAUUUGGGUGAGGAAAAAGUGUCAUUUAACAUAAAUUACUGUUUUUAUUUCAGUCCAUAUUUGGGUUGUGUAGCUUUUCCAAAAGGUUGUUCAGUUUGAACAUUGCUUUUGUUUGGACACACCCACACACACACACAUGCUAGAGUUUCAUGAAUCUUUGCUUGAACUCUUUCUUCGUCUUAUUGAUUUGACAAGUCAAUCUAUGCUGCUGGAGGUAAGAUUGCUUAAGUUGAGUCAUUUGUCAAAUGUAUGUUUUCACAUACACUUACAUGUUUGGUCAUUUGUGUGAAUGCCAUAGAGAUUUCAAUUACAGCCUUAGGAUUGUUGUUUUAAUAUACAUUUAUAACUUUCCAUAGCAUGUAUGUUUGUGUGUGUGAAUGCUCAUUAUAUAUGCAAUGUGCUGCAUGGUAGGUUGUUGUCAACCCCAACACCAUAAAAGUCCAUUGUGAGCCAUGACUUGUUGUGAUUGGAUCAAGUCUGUGUGGGAGACGGGGUGGAGAUAGUCCUGAGAACAAGGAUAAGGACUGAAAUGACCUUUUUAAAGAGGUCUUUUAUUAGAGUUGUCUGUUGUAGGACCGUAAAGCUCCACCAUGGUGCACAAAGUGGCCGUGAUCGGCGCCGGCCCAUCGGGUCUGAGUUCCAUCAAGACGUGUCUAGAUGAAGGCUUGCUGCCGACCUGCUUCGAGAGCAGCGAUGACCUCGGCGGACUUUGGAGAUUCAAGGAGGUAUCGGAGCCCAAUCGUGCCAGCAUCUACCGUUCCCUCACCAUUAACAUCUCCAAGGAGAUGAUGUGCUACAGCGACUUCCCCAUCCCGGCCGAGUACCCCAACUACAUGCAUCACUCCAAAAUCCUCAAUUACUUCCGUAUGUACGCGGAGCACUUUAAGCUACUGCAGCACAUCCGCUUCCAGACCAUGGUGAAGCGCGUCAGACAGAGGCCAGAUUAUUCCCGAACGGGCCAAUGGGAAGUAGUGACGGAGAGGAGGGAUGGGAAGGAGGAGAUGCACGUCUUUGAUGCCGUCAUCUGCUGCUCAGGACAUUACACCUACCCCAACCUGCCCCUUCAGGACUUCCCAGGAAUCGAGACCUUCCAGGGACGAUACCUGCACAGUUGGGACUACAAGGGUCCAGAGGACAUGCCCGGCAAGCGAGUGGUGGUCAUCGGCAUCGGGAACUCGGGCAGCGACAUCGCGGUGGAGAGCAGCAAGUUUGCAGAGCAAGUUUACAUGAGCACACGCCGCGGCGCCUGGGUCAUCAGGCAGGUGUCGGAUGACGGAAUGCCAGUGGACAUGAAGUACAACACGCGCUUCGUCCACAUCUUGUUCCAGCUCCUCCCCAUGAAGUUUCUCAACUGGUUAGGCGAGAAGAAACUCAACGCCAUGUAUGACCACACCAUGUAUGCCCUCAAACCCAGCCACAGGUUUUUCAGUCAGAUUCCAGUCAUCAACGACGACCUGCCAUAUAAGAUUCUCUCUGGGUCAGUCAUCAUCAAGCCGAACGUCAAGGAAAUCCGUGGCUCUUCUGUAUUGUUUGAGGACGGCAGCGUUGUCGAGAAGGUGGAUACCAUCGUGUUUGCCACGGGUUACAACUAUGACUUCCCGUACUUACCCAGCGGUGCUCUGCACAAGUCAGGGCACCGCGUCGGUCUAUACAAGCACGUCUUUCCUCCCACCCUGGAACACCCCACUCUGGCUGUGGUGGGCUUCAUCCACGCCCUCGGAGCCAUCAUGUCGCAAGCCGAAAUGCAGGCCCGUUGGGUUGCGCUGGUCUUUAAAGGACAUAAGAAGCUGCCUUCAAACCAGGCCAUGGUCAAGGCUGUGGAGAAGGACACCAAGGACAUUGACCAAAAUUACAUCGUGUCCAAGCUGGCUCCGCUGCAGGUGGACUUUGUGUCCUACAUGGACAACCUGGCCGGAGAGAUCGGAGUGCGGCCCAGCCUCCUGUGGCUUCUCUUCACCGACUACCCACUCUUCAAGAAGGUUCUUUGGGGCCCCGUCACCACCUACCAGUACCGCCUGACGGGGCCUGGCAAGUGGGAGGGCGCCCGGCAAGCCAUCUUCACGCAGUUUGACCGCAUGUUGAAGCCCCUGCAGACAAGGAAGGUGCCCGACCAGGAACAAAAUGGAUCCAUUUCAGGUCGCCUGUUCAAGCUGAGCCUCUCCCUCAUGGCCGGGGGAGCUGCAGUCUUCUAUGUUCAUGUUCGAGACCCUUCUGUCUUUCCCAACCUGAUGGCCAAGCUUAGGGUGACAAUACUUUGAGUUCCAAAAACCAGGACAUUUGACACAGAAAAUGAGGUACUAGAAUGAUGCUCAUCAACAUUUCAAUGCAUAUGGAGUGGAAGCAUACUUUGAACCAAAGACACAAAUUCAGGUCGGCUUCUCAGAGGUGUUAUGAUGCAUAAUAUAAUAGCUCUUUGAUAAGUCUCAGUGGUGCAAACAGUUUCAGUUUGCUUUUACAAUUCGGUACAAGUUAAGUAUGCUCAUAAAUCCCAGAAACCACAUCUACAGUCAUCCCUCACAAUAUGUUUGUUACAAUAUGAUUAUUUUUAAGAAAUUAAUUAAUUAAUAAAUGAUAACAGUUUUGUGGACUAUGGUCUAGUAAUAGUCAAACAUAUUGAAAUACAUGUGAUAGCCUAUUGUAGUAUUCAGGUCAAUAGGUGGCAGUAAUGAAAGAAAACAUUGAUACAUUACCUUACAUUACAUUACCUUAAAAAUGCAUGACAUCAUGAAGCCACCCAAAGCAUGUCCAACAUGAAAGUUCUCCUCCCACUCCGUGUGGAAGUGGUAUGAUUUUAGGCUACUUAAGUUUAGAAGAAAUACAUUUGAGGCAAUCUGAUAAUCUCACUAGACGCUCGCUUGCUAGCUUGUUAGGUCGCUAAUGUCCGCAGCAUAAGAGUCGAGCAAUGCAUUGUAAACAAAGAAUAAUAGGAGUGGGAAGGUGACUAUAGAUGUGUUAUUGCAGUCGAGUCCGAACCCAUUUAAAAGCUAUAAACGUGGGACGAAAUGAUGUGGUGUGUUUGAACGCACAUCCUCAUGGCUCAUAACAACAUGGUUAAAGUGGGAUUCAAAUGCUGUGUUACUUUUAAAGAGACUGCUGAUGUGCUAUCUAUUAGCAUGACUUAAAUAGUCAUUUCAUUAGGUCAUACAAAUAUAUAAUUUUGUUUAGCUUUUUGUUCAUAAAAUGCAGUUUAAAAAAAGUGCAUAUUUCACAUAUAAUUACAAAUGGUGAUUAAUCGUGGUUAAUUCGUUUGUAAACUGUGAUUAAUUUGAUUAAAAGUUUUCACUUACAAAAAAGGUAUUAAUGAGCUAUAUUAGUUUACUGGGUUUAUUAAAUACUGUUCUAAUGCCGCUCAAUUGUAACAACAGAAUGAAAAAGCGACUAUUUAUUUUCGUAGCCAAACAAAGCCGAUAUGCUUGUUUUACCAGAACAUUAACAAAAUGCUAAUGUCCACAACUCACGUUUUGUAUCCCACAAUGCAUUUGUUUAUUUUUUCACGCACAUGCUGAGUCACCGUUAAUAGGACUCAUGGUAUUGCUCUCAGUCCAGUGGCAAAUUUAGGCUUAUUUUAGCAGCACUCAAGAAACCCUAAAAUAUUCGUAAACACCCCUAUAUAACUACAUCCAUAAACCUCCUCUUUGGUCUUCCUCUACACCUCCUCAACACCAAUAUAUUGACUAUCUCUCCUCUGGACAUGUCCCAACCAUCUCAGUCUAGCCUCUCUGACUUUAUCUCCAAGGCCUCUAACAUGUAAUGUCCCUCUGAUGUACUCCUUCCUGAUCCUAUCCAUCCUGGUCACUCCCAAUGAGAACCUCAGCAUCCUCAUCUCUGCUACCUUCAGUUCUGCUUCCUGUCUUUUCCUCAGUGGCACUGUCUGUAGACCAAACAACAGCCUCCUGGAAACACUCACAUCAAGCAUGCCCAACCAAUUUUUCAACGGUGGAGCUACUCAAGUCCUACUGAGAAUUUUUUGUUGUUGUUGUAAUUUUUUGAGCAAUGGUCUUAAACUUUUGAUCAGCCUAUUUCAGUUUAAUUGUUGGUUUCAAUAAAUGACUUUUUGUCACACUCCCCCUUCUUGCUUUUCAUCUACUAAAAACCUCAUUAAGAUCCAAAUGUGCAAAAGGUAAAUUCCAACUAUUUUUCAACUGGUCUUAAGAUUUUGAUCAGGUCGGUACCUGCAAC